ACAACACGGCGCCCCCUCCAGCCACCUCUAACGGCUCCAUGUUACAGUGAGGAGGGCGCUGCUGGGGGGAAAGUAUGAAGUCUCGCGAGAGCCGCCCAGCUCCCGCGCUCCUCCCACCGGCCGAGCUCGCUGAGUGAGGGAUGCAGCCUGGCCGCCAUCGCGGAGGGGUCUAGUCAGCCCGAGCAGACGAGCGCCAGCACAGAGCGCAGCACACACCCAGCCCAGCAGCGAGGGGGGGCAGGCUGGAGAGAGGACGCCGGAGGAGCAUCUAGGUCGCUAAUAGGCCGGGCCCGGGGCCUCCUCAUACCGACACACGCCGGGGGGAGACAAGGAGGGGCCCCGGGGCCGAGGCAGGACGACUGGCCGCCGACAUGUCGAAUCUCAGCAAAGGCACCGGCAGCCGGAAGGACACCAAGAUGCGGAUCCGGGCCUUCCCGAUGACUAUGGAUGAAAAAUAUGUUAACAGCAUUUGGGAUCUCCUAAAAAACGCAAUACAAGAAAUUCAGCGCAAGAAUAACAGUGGACUGAGCUUUGAAGAACUGUAUAGAAAUGCAUAUACCAUGGUGCUUCAUAAACACGGAGAAAAACUGUACACAGGACUGAGGGAAGUGGUGACAGAGCAUCUCAUAAAUAAGGUUCGAGAAGAUGUAUUAAAUUCUUUAAAUAACAACUUCCUUCAAACACUUAAUCAAGCCUGGAAUGACCACCAGACUGCGAUGGUAAUGAUUAGAGACAUACUCAUGUACAUGGAUAGAGUCUAUGUACAACAAAACAAUGUUGAAAAUGUUUAUAAUCUGGGCUUGAUAAUAUUCCGUGAUCAAGUUGUUCGCUAUGGUUGCAUAAGAGACCACCUGCGGCAGACCUUGCUCGACAUGAUUGCAAGAGAGCGAAAAGGAGAGGUUGUGGACAGAGGUGCAAUAAGAAAUGCCUGUCAGAUGCUUAUGAUCCUUGGUCUGGAAGGAAGAUCAGUGUAUGAAGAAGACUUUGAGGCACCAUUUUUGGAAAUGUCUGCAGAGUUCUUCCAGAUGGAAAGCCAGAAGUUUUUAGCUGAAAACAGUGCCUCCGUGUAUAUAAAGAAAGUAGAGGCUAGAAUAAAUGAAGAAAUAGAGCGAGUCAUACACUGUCUAGACAAAUCCACAGAGGAGCCCAUUGUGAAGGUUGUGGAGAGGGAGCUAAUCUCUAAGCACAUGAAAACUAUCGUAGAGAUGGAGAAUUCUGGCCUAGUCCAUAUGUUAAAAAAUGGAAAGACAGAAGAUCUUGCCUGUAUGUACAAGUUGUUCAGUAGAGUCCCGAAUGGUCUGAAGACGAUGUGUGAGUGCAUGAGUUUAUAUCUUAGAGAACAGGGCAAAGCUCUGGUUUCUGAAGAAGGGGAAGGAAAAAAUCCAGUUGACUAUAUACAGGGUCUUCUAGAUCUGAAGAGCAGGUUUGACCGAUUCCUUCAGGAGUCUUUUAGUAAUGAUCGUCUUUUCAAGCAAACCAUUGCUGGGGACUUUGAGUAUUUCCUUAAUCUGAACUCCAGGUCUCCGGAGUACCUAUCCUUAUUUAUCGACGACAAACUGAAGAAAGGGGUUAAAGGACUGACUGAACAAGAAGUAGAGUCCAUACUGGACAAAGCAAUGGUCCUCUUUAGAUUCAUGCAAGAAAAAGAUGUGUUUGAACGUUAUUACAAGCAGCAUUUGGCUAGAAGACUACUCACCAACAAGAGCGUCUCUGAUGACUCGGAAAAAAAUAUGAUAUCAAAGUUGAAGACCGAGUGCGGGUGCCAAUUUACUUCAAAGUUGGAGGGUAUGUUCAGGGACAUGAGCAUCUCAAACACAACUAUGGAUGAAUUCAGGCAACAUUUGCAGACCACGGGGGUCUCAUUAGGAGGUGUAGAUCUCACGGUCAGAGUGCUUACCACUGGCUACUGGCCCACACAAUCUGCUACACCCAAAUGCAACAUCCCGCCAGCUCCCAGGCAUGCUUUUGAAAUAUUUAGAAGGUUUUACCUUGCCAAGCACAGUGGACGGCAGCUCACGUUACAGCACCACAUGGGCUCAGCAGAUCUGAACGCUACAUUUUAUGGACCUGUCAAAAAGGAGGAUGGCUCAGAAGUUGGUGUAGGAGGAGCCCAGGUUACCGGUUCUAACACCCGAAAACACAUUCUGCAAGUCUCAACCUUCCAAAUGACUAUACUAAUGUUGUUCAACAACAGAGAAAAGUAUACAUUUGAGGAAAUACAGCAAGAGACGGACAUCCCAGAACGAGAGCUUGUGAGGGCCCUGCAGUCUCUGGCCUGUGGAAAGCCCACUCAGCGUGUCCUCACAAAGGAGCCCAAAUCUAAAGAAAUAGAGAGUGGGCAUAUGUUCACUGUUAAUGAUCAGUUCACUUCCAAACUGCACAGAGUUAAGAUCCAAACAGUGGCUGCCAAACAAGGUGAAUCUGACCCUGAAAGAAAAGAGACUCGACAGAAAGUGGAUGACGACAGAAAGCACGAGAUAGAAGCUGCUAUAGUUCGGAUUAUGAAAUCUAGAAAGAAAAUGCAGCACAACGUAUUAGUAGCAGAGGUAACACAGCAACUGAAGGCUCGAUUCCUUCCAAGUCCUGUUGUUAUUAAAAAGCGUAUUGAAGGACUUAUUGAACGUGAAUAUUUAGCACGAACACCUGAGGAUCGCAAAGUAUACACCUAUGUAGCAUAGAAAAUGCGUCCUGCAAAUUGAAUUACUCUUGGACUUCAUACCCCUUCGCAUGGACUGGGAAGUUCUUUCAAAUCAUCACACGGUUACGAGCGCCAUCUAUUAAAUUACAGUACGUGUUCUAGAACAUGCACAACGAGCCUACGAGAAUUUUCGGCAUCAGAUUCCCUUGGGGGGCCUUUGUAGAUAUCAUUUUAUACAAUUCCUUUGCGGAAUUGUUAACACAGAUUUUUCUUUCUCUCGAUAUUGUAUUGAAAGAGCAGGAAACACCAAAAUAAAAUAAAAUGAAUAAAAACUAAUUUAGAAAAUACAAGUCAACUUAAUAAAGUUUUGGGGAAUUUACUCCCUCCCCCCAAAUGUUAGUGGUGGUGUAAUCUGUUUAUGUACAUCUACUAAGCUUAACCUUUUUUUAUUGUUUUUCUUUUGAGGGUGUAUAAAUGCAUAUUUAAAUGGAAAUGUUAACUUCUGGAUUGCAGUUCAUAUGGGAAUAAAAUACAUUUUUGUAAUUAUUUAAAACACAAAA